CCCGGGCAGGGGACUUGUCGGCAGCCGCUGGGCGCCGCGCAAGGACCUCGGGAGGCGGGAGCCGCGUCGCUGCGCACGGGCUGCCCGGCCCAGGUCCGUGCCGCGGAGCCGGGAUGAGGGCGCCCGCGCUGCUGCCGCCCGCGCUGCUGACCUGCUGCGGCUGGCUGCUCGCCCCAGUGAACAGCAUUCACCCAGAAUGCCGAUUUCAUCUGGAAAUACAGGAGGAAGAAACAAGAUGUGCAGAGAUUCUAAGGGCUCAAACAGAAACAUUCAAAGCCUGCAGCGGCGUCUGGGACAACAUCACGUGCUGGCUCCCCGCGGAUGUCGGCGAGACUGUCACGGUGCCCUGUCCAAAACUGUUCAGCAACUUUUAUAGCAAACCAGGAAACAUAAGCAAGAACUGCACCAGGGACGGGUGGUCAGAGACGUUCCCGGAUUUCAUGGACGCGUGCGGCUACAAUGACCCCGAGGCUGAGAGCAAGAUCACGUUUUAUAUUCUGGUGAAGGCCAUUUACACCCUGGGCUACAGUGUCUCUCUGAUUUCCCUUACAACCGGAAGCAUAAUUCUUUGCCUCUUCAGAAAGCUGCAUUGCACCAGGAACUACAUCCACCUGAACCUGUUCCUCUCCUUCAUCCUGCGGGCCAUCUCGGUGUUGGUCAAGGACGACGUUCUGUACUCCAGCUCAGGGACUCUGCACUGCCCUGACCAGCCGUCCUCCUGGGUGGGCUGCAAGCUGAGCCUGGUCUUCUUCCAGUACUGCAUCAUGGCCAACUUCUACUGGCUCCUGGUGGAGGGGCUGUACCUCCACACCCUCCUGGUGGCCAUCUUCUCCCCCAGCCGGCACUUUGUGGCCUAUCUCCUGAUUGGAUGGGGCAUCCCCACCGUCUGCACAGGUGCGUGGACUGCGGCCAGGCUUUCACUAGAAGACACAGGUUGCUGGGAUACCAAUGACCACAGUGUUCCCUGGUGGGUUAUACGAACACCAAUUUUACUUUCUAUUAUAGUCAAUUUCAUCCUUUUUGUUAGUAUUAUACGAAUUUUACUGCAGAAGUUGACAUCCCCAUAUGUCGGCGGCAAUGACCAGUCACAGUACAAUUGCAGGAGUGUGCUCUUGGCCACUUUACAGGGACCCCCGGAGAUGGACUGUCUUGUCCAAAGGCCAGCGUUGCCAUGGCAAUUUUUCAAGCCGUGUUCCUCUCCUUCAUUCCAGCGUGGAUGUCCUCUAGAUAGCAGCUUAUUGAAGUGUUCUGCCUGCUCUCCUGUUUUGUAAUCUGACUUUUCUCUCCUUGGCCACACGUUGUUUGUAUUUUAUAUUUAGUUCUUUCUUCCGCAUCAGACCACAGGGUCCAGGAGACACCUCAUGUCGCACCUUGUACUUAAUAAUAACUCAAGUGAUGUUGUUGCCUGGAUGAUAACAUGAACAUGGCUGUCAUCAUCUCCCUCAUGGGGAAGAGCAGUUAAGUAAAUCACUCACCAUCAUCCAGCUAAUUAACGAGGGUCUGAGAACUCUGUAAAGGAACUUGAGGGUCAUGUAAAUUUCUAUCAAGAAUUUAUAAAGAAAAGAUAAAGCCCACAACUCGAGUAUAAAAUAAAGCUAGUUUAGUGUGGAGUGGUUGGUCCAGCUGAUAGGAGCCUUGGAUGCAGGCAGGUUGGGGUUGGAAUUGCAGCUGCAGAAGCUGCGUGACCCUGGGUGGGUUACCUGACUGCCCCUGCAGGGUGGGCCCCCCCUCAGCUGUCUCCUUCCCUCCCCUCCUUUAGACAGCAGGGUGGACCUGGGGAGGCAGGUGGCAGCCCCUGUGGUCAGCAGCCCAGUGCUGGGUUAUGUACCAGCUGGAGGCUUGGGAGAGGUAACUGCACUGCUCUGCCUCGGUUUCCUCACCUGUGAAGUGGAAAUAAUAAUAGUACCUGUCACAAGCUUAUAAGGACUGAUAGGGUUAAUAUUCAAAAGACGUUUAGUGGCUGGCACCAGUAAAGUGUUGCGAUAGAGUUUGGUAAACAUAUACAUGCAACUGUGCCCUGAGGUGUGACAGUCUCUGCCCAGCCCACAUUAGAGGUCAGGCCUAGAGAUAGGGUUCCACGUCAGACCACAAAGGAUAAAGUGGUUUCAGCCAAACCUUCCAAGUAGCAUUUUUACUGCUCAGGUGAGAAGCCGGGCUGUUUCCUGGACUCACCCCAUGCCUGCAGCUCAGGCUGCCCUUCAAACUGAACUUUCAGUUUCUGCACGUCUUAUUCAGGGCCACGCUGACCUUCCCUUUGGGCUCUUUGGGAGUGUUCCUAAGUGGAUCUUAGAGAUGGAUGCUUUUAUUUUGGAAACAAAAUAAAGCGGGGAUGAUAGAAUCUGUUCUUCUUCCAGGAUAACAAAAAGGCAGAGCACAUCUUUUCUGUGUAUCUGUCUCGUAACAAUAGUGGCAGAUCUCCAGGCACAGGGCCCCAGGGGUCCAGCUUCUAAAUCCCUUUUCUAGAGACUAGCACAACAGCAAAUUCCAGAUGGAUCAAUAGUGAGAAUCCAGGCAGAUUCUCUCUAACAUUUAACUAAAGGGCAGCUCCCUGCAGAAUCCCAGCCUUCACUCACUGGGCUGGCAGAGACCCGAGGUAGUGAAGGCAGCAAGUGCACCGUUGGUGUUGCAAAGUCAAAUGUUCAAAGCUGCACGUGGCGGCAGCUGGGUGGUCAGUGAGGCCUUCCUUGCCCACCAAGGCCCAGGGCAUGCUCACACCUGGUGCAGAGCGGCUGGGAUUCAGAGUUUGUGCAGAUUGCCCAGUACAGAGGAAAUCUUGUUGUAAGUGCCACAGUGCCUCAAAAAUACGUAAAGCAAAGGGUGACUUUUUUCCAAGUGUGGGCUGGGGUCCACCAAGCAGAGGAGAUGCGGGAGGAACACGGAGGUGCCUCCCGCCUCAGUUCCCACAGCUCAGAGUUGCCAGGAUGAGGCAGGUUGUUGGAGCGGCUGCUGGUUGCUGGGGUCACCCAGGGGCCUGGACAUGCACACGUACCACCUGGGGGCCCAGGCCCCUGCAUUCCUGACCAGCCCCCCAGUGAUCCCAAAGCUCCUGAUCCUUAGAACAUGCUGGGCUUGCUACACCAAAUGUGGCCAGGUUGAGUCACCUGGGAAGAUGCUGGGCCACCUGCAGAGACCUGAUUUAAUUGGAUGAGGGGCAGCCUGGACUUGAAGAGGUUGAAAAGCCCCCCAGAUGAUUCUCAUGUGCAGCCGUGAGAGUCAGAAGUGGUUUAUAGAAGUGGUCCUCAAAGUGGGGUUCCAGGCAGCAGCCUCAGCAUCUCUGGGCACCUGAUAGAAGAAUUCUCAGGUCUGCGUUUUAACAUGACCUCCAGGUCGUUCUGGUGCAGGUGGGGCCUGAGAGCCCUGACUUAAAGAAUGUGACCUGUA